CUGCACUGCACAUUGUGCCUGCUUCAGUUGAUUUCAAUGUUCACUUGUUAGUUCACCCGCUGUCGCCAAACACAAAGCUUAACACUCCAACAUCACCACUUACCCACACUCGACAUCGCAACAUUGAAUUGUAUUGUUUACCUCUUCAUCUAUCUCUUCUUCUUCGUGUCAUUUUCUACCUAUUUGCCAUUUCCCUUCCAAUUUUGCUGCCAUCUGUCUGUAACAAACAUACAGUAGGUAGUAACCUACUCAACAGGGCACCAUGUCCACCAAACAGCUCGUCAAGGCGGCUGCCGAGGCCAUCAAGAAGCAGCAGUGGGACGACGCCAUCGAGGGCGCAAAGAACAUCAUCGACAAGGACAGCAAGAGCUACCAGGGACACAUCCUCCUGGCCUUUGCUCUCGACAAGAAGGGGCGGCUCGAAGAAGCAGAGAACACAUACCUCGCCGCCACCAGACUCAAGCCAGAAGAAAAGGAAGCGUGGCAGGGCCUCGUCAAGCUCUACCCAAACCUCGACACCUCCAAAAAGUUCAAGCAGCACCAGCAUGCCGUCCUCAAGCUCGCCGAGAUCUUCCGAGACGCGAACGACCUCCAGAAAUGCUACGAAACCGUCGACAGUUUCAUCACCUACGCCCGCAACAAGGCCGAGUCAUACCAAUACGUCGACGCCCUCGACCUAAUAUUGCCCGGAUCUCCCAUCUACGACGCCAUCGAGGGCCGCUUCGGUCAUGUAUGGAGGACAUACGAGACACAGGCCAAGCUGGUCGAGCAAAACGAGAAGAAGCGCAUCAACACCCUGAUCGGCGAGAGGAGGACGCGCAUCGGCGCAAGAAUCAACGAGGUCACCCUGGAGGUCAAGCGAGAGGUCUACAGACAGAGCAGGCUGAGCUACACCUACGCCCAGCUCAUCAACUGGACCAACGACGACGAAGUGCGCCGCAUGUAUGAGGAGAAGCUGAUCCAAUACUGCCACGACCGUCUGAUGGCCUGGCCUCCAGGAGAGGAAAAGGAGCAAGAACUGGCUAAUGUCCUGAAGCUCGCCAACGACAUGGUCAUCAUCAAGCACCCCUACAAGCUGGCCUGGGAUAUCGCCAUCAACUGGCAGGACCACAAGGAGAUCAAGGAGUGGGAUGUCACGGUGCUCAGACAGUACUGCACUUUCUUCCCUGAUAGUGAUCUCAACAGGGUGGUCAUGGGCUUCUUGACCAGCAGCGUCUCUCCCUUCCCACAGGAGAAGCAGGAACAGACGACAGAGGAUGCGGCGGCCAAGAGUGAGGGCAGCACGGAAGAGAGCGAGGACGACGAGGAUGGAGGCGCGGCCACCAUCUAUGCUCCCAUCACCGAGGAAGACCGUCUUCUUAUGAUGACAGAGGGUAUCAGCGGUGCCGAGUCACUGUUGGCGUUCAGACUGAUGGGCGAAUACUACCAGCAUCUGGAAGAAUGGGAGAGCAAUGUCGAGCUGAUGCGCAAGGCGUUGACGUUCCUAAAAGAGGAGCGGGCCAAGACGGGACUGGAUUUCCGCUUUACCGAGGACGCCUUUUCCUUGUAUCUCGGCACGGCUUUGGUCUUUUACCAGACUCCCCGUAACCACCAGGAAGCCAAGGCUCUUUUCGAUGCGGUACUCACUCACGACCCUACCUCCACCCCUGCCAUGAUUGGUGUCGGUCUAAUCUACGAGGAGGAGGAGGAGUACGAUGAAGCCAUUGACUUCCUUGAGCGGGCUUUGAAGCGUGAUCCCAAUAAUAUCCGGGUUAGGACCGAGGCUGCUUGGGUCAAAGCACUCAAAGGAGACUUUGACAUGGCCAGAGCCGAGCUGGAGGCCUGCAUUCCCAUUCUUUCCAAAAAGGGUCAGUCGAAGGAACUCCUAUCACAAACUCAGUACCGCCUUGGUUACUGCAUCUGGAACAUCGACACCUCCAAGGCUGCCCGAAAGGACAGGUCUGGAGCUUAUGCCUUGUUCCUGGAGUCACUCAAGAACAACCUCAACUAUGCCCCGGCUUACACCAUCCUCGGUAUCUACUACGCCGACUACGCCAAGGACAAGAAGAGAGCGCGCAGAUGCUUCCAAAAGGCAGUGGAGCUUUCGCCAUCUGAGGUCGAGUCUGCUGAGCGGCUAGCUAGAUCCUUUGCCGAUGACGGAGACUGGGACCGCGUCGAGCUCGUUGCCCAAAGAGUCGUCGACUCUGGCAAAGUCAAACCCCCACCUGGAUCCAAGCGCAAGGGUAUAAGCUGGCCUUUCGCCGCUCUCGGUGUGGCCGAGCUCAACAAGCAAGAGUUCCACAAGGCCAUUGUGUCCUUCCAGUCGGCUUUGCGUAUUUCUCCCAAUGAUUACCAUUCCUGGGUGGGUUUGGGUGAGGCAUACCACAGCUCUGGUCGCUACAUUGCCGCCACCAAGGCCAUCCUGAACGCCCAGAAGCUAGAGGAAUCUUCUGAAGCGAACCUCACCGGAGAGACGUGGUUCACAAAGUUCAUCCUAGCCGACAUUAAGCGCGAGCUGGGUGACUUUGAUGAGUCCAUCGAGUUGUAUCAACGUGUCAUCCAGGAGCGGCCGGACGAAGAAGGCGUCGCCACUGCCCUGAUGCAGACACUCGUCGACAACGCGUUUGACAGUCUGAACAAGGGAUUCUUUGGCAAGGCUGCCGGUCUGGCCACCGAGACACUCACCUUUGCCACCAAGGCUCCUGAUGCCAUCAAGGACACCUUCAACUACUGGAAGGCCAUCGGUGACGCUUGCUCCUUGUUCUCCAACAUCCAAGGCCGCAUCUCCGAGUUUCCGGCUGAAACCGUUUCCUCGCUCCUGGGAACCGACGAGGACUUCCCCGCCUACCAGAUCCUCAAGGACAUUGACAACGUCGGUACUGGCAUCGUCUCCACCGACGGCGUUUUCCCCGAGAACGAGACUGUGGGCGUAGACUUGACCAAAGCCCUCCAGGCCACCCUUCUUGCCCACAAGCGCUCCAUCCAUAUCGCUAGCAACGAUAUCCACGCGCAGUCCGUGGCUUACUACAACCUCGGCUGGGCCGAAUACCGCGCUCACGCCUGUCUGCCUCCGGACAUCCGUAAGAACAGCCACAAGAAGCCCACCAACUAUAUCAAGGCCGCCAUGGCCUGCUUCAAGCGCGCCAUCGAGCUGGAGGCUGGCAACUCCGAGUUCUGGAACGCUUUGGGUGUCGUAACCUCUGAAGUCAACCCAGCCGUAGCUCAGCAUGCCUUCUGCCGCUCGCUCUUCCUGAAUGAACGUGGCGCCCACGUCUGGGCCAACCUGGCUACUUUGGCGUUGGCACAGGGCGAUCUUGCGCUCGCCAAUGAAGCAUUCACACGGUCCCAGUCGACGGACCCGGAUUACUCGCUUGCUUGGCUGGGGCAGGGUGUUGUGGCACUGUUGACAGGGAACGAAAAGGAUGCGAGGGGUUUGUUUACGCACGCCAUGGAGAUCUCGGGCGAUACCUCACGGGUCAUCAGCCAGAGAUACGCAGUCUCCAUGUUCGAUCACAUCCUUUCCUUCUCAUCCUCCGAGUCUCUCCCCACCACGUCCCUAAUCCAACCCAUCUUCGCCCUCACCCAAUUGCAAUCCCUUCACUCCUCUGCUUCGUCCUCUACCGACCUGGCCUAUAACCACCUCCUCGCUCUCUUCCUCGAGCGCACUGGCGAGACUCCGAGAGCUAUCUCCAUCCUCGACUCCCUCUCCACCACUCUCGAGCAAGAGUACGAAACCACCGAGUCGCCUCUAGCCCUCAAACACUUCGCCAUCGUCAAAUCCGAUCUCGCCCGCCUUCAGCUGUCCGCUCGUCUCUUCAACGAAGCAAUCGAUUCCGCCGACCUGGCACUCCAACUAUCCUCCGACGAGUCCGCCGACGAACUAACAGCCGAAGAACGCCGCAAGCUGCGUCUCUCUGCGCACGUCACACUAGGUCUAGCGCACUACUACUCCCACGACAUUACCGCCGCAGUCACCGCCUUCGACCAGGCCCUCUCCGAGUCCAACACCAACCCUGACGUCGCCUGCCUGCUGGCGCAAAUCCUCUGGGCCACGGGUCAAGAAGACGCUCGCGAACGCGGUCGGGAUCUCUUGUUUGGCGUGAUUGCGGACUCGGAGGAAAGAAAGGAACAGCAUGUCCAGUCCGUUUUGCUGCUAGGCGUUAUUGCCCUGCUGGACAAUGACGCAGAGUCAAUGGAUGCCGUGGUGUCUGAACUCCAAUCUCUCCGCUCUAGUGACGAGGGGAUUAGCCCGGAGCAGCAGGCGCAGUUGGGUGAAGUUUUGAGGGCGAUCCUCACUGCGAUGGGGUCAGGAGAGGCCCAGCCCAUGACGGAUGUCAUGUUGCAUCCGUUCUUGCCACAUGGUUGGUCGAGGGUUGCGCAGUUGGCUGCCCAGCACGGAGGAGAGGAGGAGGCAGAGGGAGCGAGUGAGAUGGCGCUGAGAGUAGCGAGGAAGGGAGUGCCGCCUAGGGGAGAACUGAGUCCGGAGGAUCUGGCGAGGGCGUAUGCGGGCACGGGAAGGCCGGCGGAUGCGCAGGUGGGCUGCGUGGUUGCGCCUUGGGAGCGGAGGGGGUGGGAGAGUUUGGGGGAUGCGGUCACGGCUGUUGCGGCGAAGCAGUAGAAGUGUGGUGGGAAUGCCUAUUCCCCUUGCUUCCACCCCUUCCGCCGCCGCCGCCGCCGCCGUUGACACCGGCCCUCCUCAACAGGAUGUUUCCUUGAUAGCGUAGUGUAGCAGUUCUGGUAUCUAUGUUAAAUACCUUCAGGUAUAGCUAUAGGGUCAAGGUAUCGUCAGAGGUAGAGACAUGCAGCGUAGGUGUUUUGGACCCGAGGCCAUUGGGGUCUUUGGGGUACCCGAUUUUAGCAACUGUUAAAUUUGUUAUAUAUCUAUAACCCAUCUGCCUUCCUCGUCCACUA